AUGGAGCUGAUCAGUGACCCUCUGACUCUCACUCUCUGGCUAGUCAACCAUGUCACCCUGUCCUUCACUGACUUCGAGCUGGAGAUGCUAAAUUCCAACUGCUCACAUGAUGCCGUGGAAAUUCUUGAUGGAGACAACUACCAGGCGCCUUCUAUCGGGCGAUACUGCGGCGAUGAAAUACCCCAUCCUGUUACGUCCUUCAGCAACUCUCUGGUGGUAAACUUCAUCUCUGAUCACUCAGUGUCCAGGAGAGGAUUCAGGGCGGUCUACUCUGCCUCCACCUCCAGUUGUGGCGGCGAUCUGGUGAUGCAGAGCGGGGCCUUUAACAGCCCCAACUAUCCAGACGCCUAUCCUCCAAACAUGGAAUGUGUUUGGACCCUGAGGAGCUCACCAGGGAACCGUAUCCAGCUCUCCUUCCUUAUGUUUCACCUUCAGGGAAGCUGUCAGAACGACUACCUGGAAAUCAGAGAAGCAAACUCUUCUGGACCUGUUGUUGGUCGGUUCUGUGGGGCGGAGCUUCCCUCCAACUACACCUCUGUGAGCGCUCACAUCCUGUGGGUGAAGUUCGUCUCAGAUGAGUCAGUGAGCGGGGCCGGCUUCAGAGCCACUUUCUCACAUGUGUGUGGCGUUGAUUUGAUCGGGGAAUCGGGUCAGGUUGCGUCUCCGCUGUAUCCCAGGAAUUAUCCUAAUGAUGCCGAUUAUCGAUGGACCAUAACGGUGGAGGGAGACAACUACGUCCAGAUCCGCUUCCUGGACAUGGAUAUAGAGGACCUCUAUAACUGCUACUAUGACAAGCUGAAGAUAUUUGAUGGCCCAGAUGUUUACUCCUUCCCUCUCGGGAGAUUCUGUGGUCUGAACCGGCCCGAUCCAGUGAGGAGCUCAGGAAGCACCGUGACUCUGCACUUCCAGUCCGAUUCCUUCAUAGCAGGAAAAGGCUUCCUUCUGGAGUGGACGGCUGUGCAGGACUCUGGACCACCACCCACUAUCCCACCAGGUGCCUGUGGUGGACUUCUCAUGGCCGGUUCUGCUCCUGCUUUCCUCUUUUCCCCGGAAUGGCCUGAAAUCUAUCCUCCUAGCCAGGAGUGUACGUGGCUGAUUCGCGCCGCUGACUCCAUCGUAGAGCUGAACAUCUUGUCUCUGGAUGUGGAGGGAUUCCCACCCUGCCUCUAUGACAGCCUCAUCAUCAGAGACGGGUCCACCAGUCUGUCCCCAGUGCUAGCCAGUGUGUGUGGCAGGGAUCCUCCAGGCUCCAUUCACUCCUCAGGGGACUCCAUGUUCAUCCACUUCUCUUCAGACAGCAGCAUCGGCGGCCGAGGCUUCAACGCCUCCUUCUCCAAAGGUUGUGGCGGCUUGCUGCAUGUGGACCGGGGGGUUCUGAGCAGUCCUCACUACCCCCAGAACUACUCCCCUGGUCUGAACUGUAGCUGGCAUGUCAUGGUCACACCAGGCUUCCGGGUCUCCGUGGUUUUCCAAAGCCCCUUCCAGAUUAACGGCUACGGCACCGCAUGUAGCUCUGGAGACUACCUGGAGCUCAGAAAUGGCCCAGAUGGUUCGGCUCCACUCCUACAUGAACGUAUCUGUGGUGCAAACCCUCCACCCAUCCUCCAAACCACAGACAACCACCUCUAUGCUCACUUUGUGUCUGAUGCCAGCAACGAGGCCACUGGCUUCAAACUGACCUUUGAGGCACAUAGUCAAGCCUGUGGAGGCUUCAUAGUGGUCAGGGAUGAAGACCCUCCAGGAUACAUCACCUCACCCAACUACCCAGAGAACUACCCUCAGAACGUGGACUGCAUCUGGGUCAUAACCGUCCCCAACGGAGAAGCUGUCCAGGUGGACUUUGAGGACUUCUACAUCGAGCCCACCUCCAGCUGCUCCUACGACUACCUGGAGCUCAGAGACGGUUCGUCUUUGAACUCGGACCCGAUCUCCCGGCUGUGUGGCAGCACCAGACCCUCCACCCAACAUUCCAAGGGUUCCUCCAUGCUGCUGCGCUUCCGUACCGACACCAGCGUCACGCACAAAGGCUUCAAGGCCCGCUACUCCAUAG